CCAGUGAACAGCGCCUCAGAAGAGUUGAGGCGGAUCAUGGAACGGAGCACCGGCGCAGAGGAAAACACUCCGUCCACUUCACUUUCCUCGCCUCAAACUAUGACAGAUGGUUAUUAUUAACCAUAACAACGUAUAAGCCGGGAGGGGAACCUCGACAUGGAGCGACCAUGGUAGCCGCAUUCCCAGCAUCUCGUCGGAGCGGUGGAGUUUUCGCCUGCAACUCUGGAGCAACGCUCGCUCCGUGAAGAGGUAUUUCAGCAGACAGAGACGGACAGAGACAACUCUACGGACGUCAUGCCUUCCACCAAUACUGUCAGUCAACGGCAGGAGAAGGGCAGUUUCUUUAAGCUGAUCGACUCGUUUGCCUGCGAAAUCGGCACGUUGAAGAAAGCGAUGGGGAAAAAGACUGAUCCUGCAGACGGAGACCACAAGGCGGAUUCACUCCUAGGGCUGGGUGAGGAGGUGGGAGGUCUCUUCCUGCAGGCUUCGCCUUGCCCCGGCAUCGGCGCGGCGCUGGCCGGGGCGAGAGAUUCGGGCUACGACUCCCUCCAUCGGCGGCUCAGUGUCCUGGACCGACUGGUGCACACACAUGCCGUGUGGUUACAGCUGAGCCUCAGCCACGGGGACGCCACACUCGUACUGCAGAAGCAACCCACAGGGACGUUUGUGGUGAGGAAGUCAGCCAGCCUGCAGAGGAAAGUCCUGUCCCUACGCAUGGACAAAGACUCUGCAGUUCCCGUCGAAGACUUCCCCGUCAAGGAGAGCCAGUACACUUUCUCUCUGGAGGGAUCGGGCCUGAGCUUCGCAGACCUUUUCCGUCUGGUGGCGUUCUGCUGCAUCAGCAGGGAUGUGUUGCCCUUCACUCUGAAGCUCCCAGAGGCGAUCGCUUCAGCCAGAACGUCUGCAGAUCUCGAGGAGGUUGCUAAACUUGGACCAGGCUUCUGGGACAGUCCGUUGUGCCACAGGGGGAAAGGCUCAGCCUCGUUGUCGGCGACAGCAGCUCCCGACAGACCACCGACCCCGACCAAGCGACCAGUCUCCUCGGCAACGGCCCCAGGGCGCCCUCGCCUUCAAACUCGCACCCCGUCGGAGCUCGAGUGUUGCCAGUCCAACGGAGCACUGUGCUUCAUCAACCCCCUCUUCCUAAAGGUCCACCAACCUGGCGGCCAGCCAAGCGCCGCUCCCUCUGGCACAGAGAAGCCGGGCCUGAGGGAGGAACCUGUCGGCAACAACAUAGAAACCGACGACGAGGACUCGCCGCACCUUUGUAGCUCAGACCGCAGCGGCAGAAGCCAGUCAGGUGAAAGCGAACCGCUGAACCUCGUCAGAAGCACGGAGCAACAGGGAGAGAGCAGUCAGACCAACGGCAGUCAGACGCCAAGUGUGUCUCGGUCUCCACCCGCUCGUCCUCCCCCGCCCCGCUUUGGAUCCCGGCGCUCAGCGCUUCCCGUCCGACAGCGCAGCAUGCCGGAGAAAAUCGCCUGGAUCAACAUCCCCAAGGAGAAGGGGGAGGAGAGGGAGAGGGGCAGCAGCCUCCUCUCUCGUCUGGGCUCCUCGCUGAGCAUCAGCCCCUCGUCGUCCCCUCCCAAGAGACUCAACAUCAGCUCCCCCAUAUCCAUCUCCCGGCCCUCCCUGCCCCUGUCUCUACCUUCUCUCUCCUCCUCGCCACGCCGGCCCAAGGUCUCACCGUCAUCCAGCCUGGAGGAUGCCCAGUGCCACUUGGCGCUGGAGGAGCAGACUAUUGAGAGGGCCCUCAUUCGGGCCAAACUGUCCAAGAGCAACGCCACCAGAACCCCGCCUCAGGACUCCUGCAGUCCUCCAGAACCCUCACUGAUGACAACCAGCCGGCAGGCGGAGAUGCAGCGAGGAGAAGAAGAAGAAGAAGGAGCUGAGGAAUGCAGCGGCGGCAGCCAGCGGCUGAGUGACAUGAGCCUCUCCACAGAUUCCUCCGAUUCUCUGGACUUCUCUCAGUCCUCGGUGUUCUUCCUCCCUCCCCUGCACGACCCAUGCCCCCCCACUGUGGAUGACUUUAACACCCACCUCCCCCUCUCCCUCCCACCAUCCCACCUGCCCUACGGCAGCAUGGAGGAGGACGACGAUGACGAAGACGACGAGGACGAGGAGGAGCCCGACUACGGCGUCAGCCUCGAGAGCGACCAGGACCAGGACCAGGACCUGACCAUGGUGCCGCCGGGACACCGCACAAACCGCCGCCCCAGUGCCAGCGCCUUGGUUCUCCAGAGGGCGCUGCGCGGGCACCUGCGCAAGAUGAGCGGCGUCUUCAACUCACUGCUGACGCCCGAGAAGAGGGCGAUCCGCCGGGUGGUGGAGCUGUCCCGGGACAAGGGCUCGUACUUCGGCAGCCUGGUGCAGGACUACCUGAGCUACAUGGGCGAGGGUGCGGGCGCCCAGGCCUGGCAGGGAUACGCCUCUGGACUGGAGCUGCUGCAGACCCUCCGCCAGUUCAUCACCCAGAUGAAGAGCUACCUGCGACAGAGCUCCGAGAUGGAGCCGCCGAUCGAGAGCCUCAUUCCUGAAGAUCAGAUCGACCAGGUCCUGGAGAAGGCCAUGCACAAGUGCGUGCUGAAGCCCCUCAAGCCGGUGGUGAGCGCGGCCCUGAAGGAGUUCCAGGUGCGCAGCGGGGCCUGGCAGGAGCUGCGGGAGAACCUGUCGCUGGCCCGGGCGCGGCAGCCGCAGGAGAUGGGCGUCGCGGACACGCCGCCCCCGGAUCACGUGGCCGUGGAGAAGAUCAGGCAGAAGUUCCACACCAUGUGCAAGCUGUACUCGCCGGAGAAGAAGGUCACUGUGCUGCUGAGAGUCUGCAAACUCAUCUACACCAUCAUGGAGGACAAUUCAGGUCGCCUGUAUGGCGCCGACGACUUCCUGCCGAUGCUCACCUACGUGUUGGCCCAGUGCGACAUGCCUCAGCUGGACAACGAGAUUCUCUACAUGAUGGAGCUGCUCGACCCGUCACAGCUUCACGGAGAAGGCGGCUACUACCUGACCAGCGCCUACGGAGCCAUGUCCCUGAUCAGGAACUUCCAGGAGGAGCAGGCGGCCAGAGUGCUGAGCUCCGAGACCAGGGACACGCUCCACCAGUGGCACCGCCGCCGCACCACCCAGCGCUCGGCUCCGUCCAUCGACGACUUCCAGAACUACCUGCGGGUGGCGCUGCAGGAGCUGGACAGCGGCUGCACGGCCAAGACUCUGCAGGUGCGACCCUACGCCACCGUGGAGGAGGUGUGCCAGCUGUGUGCCCUGAAGUUCAAAGUGUCCGACCCUCAGAACUACGGCCUCUUCCUGCUGAUGGAGGGCAGCAGCCAGCAGCUCGCGCCCGACACCCACCCUCAGAAGAUCAAGGCCGAGCUGCACAGCCGCCAGCAGGCCGCCCCCUUCCUCUUCGUCUUCCGCCGCGUGGCCAGCGGCAGCAGCAGCAGCGGCAGCAGCGGCGGCACGCUGACGUCAGCUCCCAUUGAAAUGCCCAACCUCACCCUCACCAACCUGAACGAGCUCAACAUGGACCUCUCCGGCUCCUCGCCCGAGCCCCAACCCGGGCGCAGCCUGGGCCUGUGCCCGGCUCUGAGCCUCAGCCUCAGCCGGUCAGGCGGCCAGCUGGACGUUUGAAGAGUGAGAGGGUCGCUCAUUAUCUCCAACAACCAUGGCUCCGCGAGACUAGAAGUUCAACUGGGCGAGGCGGUGAACAGUGGCCAGUCUUUACAAAGCCCCACUUCUCCUUUCAGAGGUCACGUCUGUCUCCGUCAACAUCCCCUUCGCUGGAAAGUGCCUUUCCGACAGACACGGUGAAAGAGGAAAAGAAGAACGGAGGGAAGGAAAUGAGAGAGAUGGUGUCUUCUUUCUUCUUUUGUUUUAAAACUUCGUUAGCAUCAGAGCGGCUCUUUGCUGAAGACGACUCCUAAAGUCUAGAACACAGAGUUUAGGUAGAGACGUUGAGCAUAACGUGCAGCGUUAUUGACGAAGCAGCUGCAGAUUCAGCGUCAGUCUGACAUGAGACUAACCUUUGACUCAUCACUUUUAGUAUGUAACAGAUUUAUUUAGGUGACAUGUACCAUGAAAUGUUAUUUACUUGUUACAGUUGCUGGGAAACUGUAUUUUUUUGUUGUUGAUGUUUUUAAAACUUGUCUUGUGUUUUUUAAAGGGGCUUUUGGCGCCCCCCAGUGGUGCCUGGUGCACACGGCAGUCUAAUCUUGUGAUUCAGAGCGUCUUAGGCCUCAGGUGGAGAAAAGUUCAAACAGCCGGGCGGCGACACAAGCAGGAACCUUAAAACAUUUUUGUUUUGCCUUCCUCGUCGUUCCCCUUAUUACUGUAAAUGACAAUCCAGGUUACGGAGCCACAGCCUCGAGUUUCCCCCUCCGCAUUUGGUUUUCUCGCAGGUCCCGUCACGGUCGAUGGAAGCUGGGACACUAAUAGAGAUUUUUAUCCCUUUGCAGAUGAUUCAUGCAACUGUGUCGUACACUUGAAAACAAACAUGGAUGUGUGAAAAAAGAAAAAAGAAAAAAAUUCAGGAAAUACUGAUGAAUACUACAACACGAUAGUAUGAAACGGUAUCAGAUGUUAUGAGAACUUUUCAGAGUUUGUAACACAUUUGUUCCUGCAUGUCAUUUUUUUUUUAUUAUGUUUGUUGGAAACAGGCAGAUCUGCCAGUGUUUGAAACAAUGUAACACUCACAAUAUAUAUUUGCUGAUUAUCCUGGUGAUAUGAAAGAUACUGUAUCGUACCUGAGAGUUAUGGCUUGUUAGAGGGCAUCUUAUCCGCUCACAUUUGAGGACACGCGACUGCGGCAUGUUUUGUUUGAACACGGCCUGUGUUCUGCUGACGGAUGUUAGAGGUCUGAGGUCGUUUGUGGAGAGGAACUGAGACACUGCGAUGGUCUGUUGAGGGAAAAAAACUGCUUGAAACUUCCUUUGAGAAUUUGAAAUGUUUCAGUUGGUCGAGAGGGAAGUGCAUCAUACAGUAUGUGGCCUGUACGUAGUUUCGCCACGUAUCCCCGCGGGGGCCGAGUGUUCAAAGUCUGGAUUGACUCCUGCUGCCGGUGUCUCUUUUCUUCAAAAGUGACUAUUUAUGUGUAUCUGUGCGGGCAUUUUUUUUCACAGAUGGCUUUUCAUUUUCCACGCCUGUAAUAUUCUCUAUGGUGUCAAAAUGUCUUUUUUUUUUCCAUUCGGGAGAAAUCCUCCUGCUCAUGUUUUGUCAUUGAAUGAUAUCAUGAAUAUUCUUUUGUACCCUAAUAAACGUUUGGAAAUGGAA